AUGGCGAACUUACAGCGACCAUCGUCACAGCCACAACGAUUUUUCCAAACACAAAGCCCGUCAUUACCCUUCACUACUCCAGAGUGCUUACGUAGUGGAUGGUCUUUGUCUGUCUAUUCUGAUAAUGAUCACCAUAUUUCUUAUGGUCGUUCUUCCAUUGAAGAUUUGAAGGCAGCAUAUUUUGACCAAAUUAGAAGGGAUGAAUUAAGACACCGAGUGCAUCGAAGUAUUCCUACUCCAUCUUUAUUUGCUGCAUCUCUGUCUUCCGGUGGUUUUUCCCUUCCUAACAUUGCCGAGGCGGCCAAUGAGAGUAGCGAAAAUAGCAGUUCAUCUUCUGUCAAGGAGAAAGUUGGCUGCGGGGGGCUUCCUAAAAACAAGCUGGAAGGCUGUGCAUCUUCUUCUCGCCCUGCAUCUGUUGACAUUGAUCAUCUGAAGGAACCGCAAGAGACAUCGCAGAACUUUCGAAAUAUAGCAGAAAGCCAGCCGAAAAAUCCGCUUUAUUUUGGAGAACAUGAUUUUAGCGGGCCAUCGGCGCUAAAGAAAACUGGAUCAAAGACUCAGUUGCUUUAUCCUCCUGGAAGUCUAGAACAGAUUGUUUCGGAAAAAACGCCUGUGGAAAGACCAAGAGAAAGGGUUGUUUACGAAAAUCAGCCGGUGCCUCCGUCAAUCGUUGCUGUAAACAUAAGCGAGCCAGAAAAAAAUUCUAUCAAUUUGCAAGUUGAUCAUUCUUCUACAGCCAGUGGUCGACAGAGUGAACCCCCGAGACGAUCUCGUAAGGACGACUUUGAGGACCAGAAAAAAGAACCGUCUCUUUCACCACAGUCAAGUGUUGCAGGCAAACAACAGCCAAAGUCAAUUCUUAAGCAACCUUCCUCAUAUCUUCAGAAAGAGUUUGUCAGAAGCGACUCUGCUAAGCAGUCUAGUAACAGGCAGGCAGAGUGGCAAGAGCAGUAUUUUGAACCUGAAAUGAUAAAUGCUCCCCUGUAUUAUCAUGGUGAUACAUCUCAGAUGCAGGAGAACCCUGCUUAUCAACAAUCUAUUCGCUCAGACAGUGCAACAGCAGAAAUGCAAAAUGAAGAGGAACGUUUCAGAAUAAUGCAGGAGAAUUUAAGAAAGCACAGGCAACGCUCAAUAACUCCUCAGCAUCGUUAUCCUCAAACUUCGUUUAAUGGUCCUUUUUUUCGUCUGGAAGAAGUAGGACCGUCUCAACGUUAUCGAUCUCAGUCUACCGCUCCAAUUCUAACAAUGCAUGAAACAUCUCGUGAGGAUAAUCGUUAUCCACAGGAAGAGCUGAGUCGCUCGGAUUAUAAAAGUCAUGAAGCCGAACAUUGGAACGAAUCUGGUGACGAGAAUCGGUUACGCAGAAUGAAAAUGAUGUCGCUGUCGGAAGCAGAAAUUGCACGUAGACGUUCUGGAAAUAAUGAUGAAGAAAAUCAAGAAAGAAGCGAAUCUGUUGUUAUUUGGCCUCCUCCAUCUGAAAAGUCAAGGCCUCGGUCAGCUUCAGUUAUGGCAAGGAACAUUACAGAUCCGGAAAGGAUUGAAGAAUAUCGGAAACAAAAACAAAUGGAGUUGGAAGCAAUGAGACGUCAUGAGGAGGAGAUGCUUCGAUACCGUCAAAAACAACUUCAAGCAAUGCAGCUCCAACAGCAGCGAUUGUAUUAUCAGCAGAAUGCAAGCCUAGUAAAUGGCCCUGUCGAAAUGAUAGACACUUUACAGUUGAGCCCAGAACAGAUGAAUAAUUCUGCAAUGCAUACUUCACAGCUUUUGUCUUCUGAAAGGGCUAUCCCGAUGAGACUUCAGGAUCUUCCUUAUGAUGAACCACAAAUGCGAGUUUUUGAGACGCGACCGAUAUCGGCUCUUUCUGAGUCUACUGAUCCGCGUGAUUUUGCAUUUUCACCGAUAUCGUCCACUUGGAAGAGAACUUACGUUGUAGAACCUAGUGAACCUGCUGCCAAAAAUGAAAUAUUAACCAGUAGCGAAUUGCUAAAAAAAGAGCGCUUUGAUGUGGAUUUACUUAAACGCCGUUCUGCCUUUGUUGAGAAACCAGAACCCCAACCCGAAAUUCUUCGUACAGGUAAACGUUGGCAACCUCCUCCUGAACAACCCUACAUAUGGCCCUCAGUGCGGAGGCCGAUUAGUGUCGAACCAGGUCAUGAGCCUAUCAUUGACUUUGCACCAGGAUAUCCUAAGACAGCUGAUGAUAGCGAGUACAAAUGGGAACCAGUAGUUUACGAAACCGAGUUUAAAAAAGAAAGAAAGAAUUUUACUCCUACUAAUACACCUCCUCAUUCACCAAGAAGAGGCAUGGGCACUGGCCCGCUUGACGAUGUAGCCAAACGGCAAAUAAAAUACCUUAUUCAACCAUCUCCAGAUGGUAGUCAUAGGCCUAAACCAGCAUUUGGCGGUCCGAGGGCUACUCCGAGUGGUGGUUUUUAUCCUCAUGCUCCCAACGCCAUUAAGAUCGUUAAAAAGGUACAUCCGGCAAGUUCACUAUCGCCUAAAGCACCGAAUCAAGAGGAAGAAGAAGUAGAAGUUAUACACCAACGGAACUUUCACCGUUUAGACUUAAGUUCAUCACAACAUAUGAACAAGUCUCUACAUGAUCACAGUGUACAACCCAGCUCUUCAUCACAAAAAUCUAAUCAAGAACUUGCUGAUUGGGAAAAAAUCUAUGAUUUACCUCCUCAUUCGUCAACAAUUACUGGGAAGGAUGUGCCAAAGAAUAUUGACGUUCGUCGGCGCCUUGCGCUCUUUGAAAAUGCAGCUGCAGGUCUUGCUGUUGGGCGUAGACAAGGAACACGCAGGACUGUGAGUGCUGAUUCUGUGAGUCCUCAUCUGCAGUCACAAAAUCAUAUGCAACAUUCUGCUGAUGGUCGACGAAGUGCACAGCAGUUUAUAAAAUUUCUGCUUAAAUUUGCUGUUUUCCAUCAUAUAGAUUCCAACUUGCACGCCUUAUUACAGUCUGCUCAGGCGCAACAACCAGCACAACAGCAGAGGAUGACACCGAAUAGCAGUGGCGGGUCACUGUUACGUCGUAUGGACGUGCCACUAAAUGGUGCUGGAGUUUCAUCCCAGAGCAAUACUUUUGUGCAACAGGAACGAGGUGGUGGAAGACAACAAUAUCAGACGGUUUCAACGAAUUCAGACCCUAAUGCUGCUCUAGUUCAGCCUCAGCAGCCGUUGUCAGCGACUGCACAGCGUCGAUUAACACGAAUUGCUCAGUUGACUAUGCAGAGUGUACCUCCACCUAGUUAUGAAAGAGCCCGACCAUAUGUUCCUCCACCACUUCCUCCUGGAUAUCGAGUCAGUCAAAAUAUAUCUAAACAGCAUGCCCGAGCACAUCCUUAA